ACCGGUUCAGACCGCGCCGCGCCCCCAAGAGCCCUAAAUGAACCUCAGAGCGUGAAGGGAGGUCGACUAUGGCGAGCCGGCGAUGCCUCGGCGCUCUCACUCGUCAUCUACGCGCCCGUCUCUUCUCCGCCUCUCCUCUGGAGAACCCGCAAACCCUGAGCCUUCGAUCUCUCGGUUUCGCGAUCCCGCAACGAACUUCCUCGGAUCUUGACAUCUGUCGCAGGGCAUUUCGAUGCAGUAUUUCGAUUCGUUUCGGCGGUGUUCGCCGUUGUUCUUCUCGGCCGACGAAUCCUUCGGACGAGGAGGAAGAUGAGGACGAUGAAAGCGAAGAAGAGGAGGAGGAAAACAAGGAAGGAGGAGUGAGCAGCGAUGGAGAGAAUGGAGAUGUUCGGGCUUCGAAAUGUGUCGUUCAGAGGGGGAAAUCGGACGAAGAGAAGGUAGAAGAGGCUGCUGAGAUUGGGUAUAAGGUGAUCGGGCCGCUGGAUUCGUCGGAGAAUCCGUUCAAGUCAUAUGAGCCUUUUUUCGCCGUUGUUCAGAUUGGUUCCCAUCAGUUUAAAGUCAGCAAUGGGGAUUCCAUUUUUACGGAAAGACUGAAAUACUGUGAGGUUAAUGAUAAGUUAAUUUUGAACAGGGUUUUAAUGUUGGGAUCAAGAACUGAAACAGUCGUUGGCAGGCCAAUAGUACCUGAUGCAGCUGUACAUGCUGUUGUUGAAGAACAUACUUUAGAUGCAACAGUUAUCAUAUUUAAGAAAAAAAGAAGAAAAAAUUACCGUCGAACCAAGGGUCAUCGCCAGGAACUGACUAAGCUGAGAAUCACUGAUAUUCAAGGAAUAGACAAGUCAGAAAACGUCGCAGCUGUUGCCUAAGAACCAAUAUCCUUACUGUUGUGGAUCAGACCAACUUUAUAUCUCUGAGAUCUCAGUUCACUCACCAUUAGAAACUGCAACAAUAAUAUAGUGGCCAUAAGGACAUGCGAGCAUCUGGAAUCUGCUGCAAGUGUAUUUUUUUUCGAACUCGAGCUCGGAAUGUAGUGCAUAAAAAAUUAGACUAUUUUUCAUAAGAUGAUUCAGAGAGGCAGUCUGGUAUUUGAAAUCAACAAGACUUGUGAAUCCUAAACUACCAUUUUGCUGCAGUUAAAAGUGUAAUCAAAACAUGAUGAAAUGUAUUCAUUCUGUGGUUCUUUGAUAUAAAUUGGAUUUCGAAAUCAA